AUGAAAGACGCCAAGAAAGAUUCAGUGAAAGUAGUAUGGGAUCAGAUUCAGACGAGAAGCCCAUCAGGCAACCCGCUUGUUCCUGGACCAUUGACCAGACCCAAUCCCAAGCUCAUGGUCUGGUUAAUCCUAUUCGUUUCAGCUACUUAUGUUAUCUACACUCUCAAGCUCUUAACCUCAGCUCAACAAACCUGCGACGAUACCCGAUUUACUUUAUCUCUGCAUCGCUCUUUACUAAAUCUCAACAGAACAAACUUGACAUCUUCACCGUUGAUUCUCAAUCAAACGGCAGAGGCUAUGCCGACCCAUCAUCGCCAUCGAGAUAUCCGAGAAGAACAAGUGGUAAUACAAGUGCAACAGGCUCCGCCCAAACCAAAACUGACGGAAAUUCACGACGUAGUCUUUGGAAUUGCAGCUUCUUCCAAGUUAUGGCAGCAGAGAAAAGAGUACAUCAAGAUUUGGUACAAAACGAACCAAAUGCGAGGCGUAGUUUGGCUCGACGAUCGCGUGAAAUACUCUCCCGAAGACAAGCAAACCCUUCCAUCGGUUCGAGUCUCCAGUGACACUUCCAACUUCGCUUACACGAACCCGCAAGGUCACCGGUCCGCGAUUCGGAUCUCACGGAUCGUGACGGAGACGUUAAGGAUGAAGAUGAAUAACGUCAGGUGGUUCGUGAUGGGUGACGACGACACCGUUUUUAUCACGGAUAAUCUGGUUAGGAUUUUGAGGAAAUAUGAUCAUACUCAGUAUUAUUACAUUGGGAGCUUGUCGGAAUCUCAUAUUCAGAACAUUUUUUUCUCCUACGGCAUGGCAUACGGCGGCGGUGGCUUUGCUAUUAGCUACCCACUGGCUAAGGCUUUGGCAAAGAUGCAAGACCGUUGUAUUCAGAGGUACCCGGGAUUGUACGGCUCCGAUGAUCGAAUGCAGGCCUGUAUGGCUGAACUCGGUGUCCCACUCACUAAGGAACUCGGUUUCCACCAGUAUGACGUGUAUGGGAACUUAUUUGGACUCCUUGCUGCGCAUCCUGUAACCCCAUUGGUGUCACUGCAUCACCUUGACCUUGUUGAGCCUAUUUUCCCCAAUGUGACCAGGGUUCAAGCCCUUCAGCGGCUUUUGCUGCCUGCAAAGCUUGAUUCGGCAGGGAUCAUGCAGCAGUCCAUCUGCUAUGACAAAACUAGGAGUUGGACCAUUUCAGUUUCAUGGGGUUUUGCUGUUCAAAUUUUUAGAGGAAUCUUUUCCCCAAGGGAGAUGGAAAUGCCUUCGAGAACAUUCUUGAAUUGGUACCGAAGAGCUGAUUACACUGCAUAUGCAUUCAACACUCGUCCUGUUAGCCGAAAUCCAUGCCAAAGACCUUUUGUGUUUUACAUGUCAAGGGUGAGAAUGGAUUCUGAGCUGAAUAAAACUGUGAGUGAGUAUGAGCGGCACCGAGUUCCUCAUCCUCCCUGCAGAUGGAGGAUGGCUGAUCCUGAUGAGAUUGAAAUGGUGAUUGUCAACAAGAAACCAGACCCACAUCUAUGGAACAGAUCACCGAGAAGAAACUGUUGCAGGUUCAUGGAAUCAAAGGAGCCAGGAGCCAUGGUGGUGAAUGUGGGUGUAUGUAAGGAUGGUGAGAUUAGUGAAAUAUAGUGAAUAAAGUUGAUUGUUUUAGGUGUUAGCAUCUUGUUUUUCUUCUUUCAUCCUUAAUCACUGUCUUUCCUAUUCUUUCUAUUAAUUUAUCCAUCAAGUCUCCUGUUUUAUAUCUGUCUGCAAGAGCAAAGACAGUUUCAUUAGGGAAACAAACAAUAAAAAGUAUGUUGUAUAAAAAAUUGCAGCAGUCCAUUCAACUUUUAUGCAUCUCUUAUUUGUCUGGUAUCAAUCUCUUGUUUCGUUUUCAAUGGGAAAUGGAAUACUGAAUAUCUGAUCUCAUACUGUUCCAUCUAUAUGCAAGGCCCUGACAGUACAGCUUAUUUACAAGCUAAACAUUAAAGAGCAUGCCUUGCUGAAGCAUCCAGCGACCAGAUAAAUCAUUUCUUUGAUGAACAGAACAAAUCAUGCAAAAACAAAGAACAGGACUCCAUAGCUUAUCAAUUAAUGAAGAUGUUGACUAUAGCUAUAUAUUGAUGUAAUUGUAGUAAUGUUCCUGCUUUUUUGAAAAUCAAUAAUUCAUCCAAAUCCAAAGAUGAAUUUAGAACAGAAUACCACCAGAGAGCAAAAAGAUUCAGACAUGUACGUGAUUAGAUUAGCGUGCUUGCAGAAGAAAAAAAGGCAGGGAAUCUUUAUGAUCUAGGCAGGGAACUGGAAGUGGGCCCACAGAUGUGUUCAAUAUAGACCCUUGAUCCAAAAAAAAAACUAACCCUUUUGCUAGCUGUGGACCUGGUCUUGUGAUUUUAGUAGUGUAUAUCAAUUGAUCAUUGCCCAAAAGUAAU